CAUUGCACAACUCUCAUAAUUAUAACAUCAUAUCAAGGAUUUGUACAAAGAGUUUAAUCUACCGUUUAAAUCUUCCUGGUUACAUUUCAUUUUGAAGAUCAAUUCUACUCAUACUUUGAUAACGAUAGCACAGUCGAGGUUUAAUAUCUUAAGUAAAUACUCGCCUAUCUUUACUUGUUGAACGAUAAAUAAUAGUUGCUAUAUAGCUGUGUUUGUACAUGGGAAACUAAAGAAGUGUUCGCUUUUGAACGCGUAAACAUGGCGGAAGGAGGACACUUGUCACAAACUGUGCUCGGUACGUCUGAGGAAAUUUAUGAUUACAACUGUUCCCCUUGCGAAGAAUCUGGAGUAUAUAAGGAAGCACAUAAAUACUGUGAUAGUUGUAAGUUGUAUUACUGUAAGAAAUGUCUCAGCGAACACAACAAAUUUCCGGCUUUAAGAGGACACCUAAUAAAAGAUGUGACCUCUCAACCGAAACAGACUGUUCAAACUGGGACACCAGAUGUAUCAACGCCAGCAACACCAAAUGAGCCUUGUGAGAACCAUCCUGAAGAAAUGAUUAAGAUGUUCUGUGGUGAACAUGAUGUUGUCUGCUGUACAGUUUGUAUAGCACUCGAUCACAGAGAGUGCAAAGACGUUCACUACAUUCUAAAGCUGGCUAAAGAUAUCAGAACAAGUCAAGAAUACAAAGACUACGUGGAGGAUAUGACAAGGAUCAAAACAGUAUACGAGGACAUUACACAGUCAAUCCAAGAUGAAAUAGAAACACUGAGCAAUGUUAAAACUGAAAUUAUCAAUGAAAUAAAAGAUUACAAGCAAAAAUUAGUUUCAAAAAUAGAAGAGCUUGAGAGUAAGUCGAUUGAAACUGUGAAUGAAAGGUAUAGGCAAAUUACAGAAAGAAUGAAUGAUACUGCAAGCCAUAUAGAUGAAUCAUUGGACAAAGUAACAAAACUUGUGCAAGAGAUAGAUAUUUUGAGCGAGUCAGAAGUGUUUGUUAGUAUGAAAAGAAGAGUUAUUGAACAAGAAGAACAUAUGAUUUUCACAGAAGUUCUCAAUGUUGAAGGACUAAGUUUUUCAUUAGACAAAAGUAUUAGAAAUAGUCUUGACAAUUUCGACGGACUAGUUACUGCUAACUUUCCUGUCAGAAUAUCAAAGGAAGGGUAUCAUACUAUAACUGUCGAUAAUGACGAAGAAAUUGACUAUGGUGUUCGUGAUAUAAUAAUUUUGGACGAUGACACUAUGGUCAUGACGUUUGACAAUAGAUUAAAACGGUUUAGCAGGUUACUUGAUGAACUGGACAGCAUAACAGUCCAAGGAAAAUCGUGGGGUGUAUGUAAAACUUCAAUGUCAAAAGAAUUAGCUGUUACAAUAUAUGACAGACAAACUAUACAGUUUGUUAAAUACAAUGCAAAAGUAAUGACACUGAGAAAAUCCUUCAUAGUGGGUGUUCCAUGCAAAGGUAUUUGCUGUAAAGACGGAUACCUUUAUGUUGCAUGUGGCGGUGGGGGCUAUGACAAUGAUGCAGGCCAUAUUAGAAAGUAUGAUAUGAAAGGUAACGUAAUCUGUAUGUUUGACACUGACGAUACCGGUCGACGAAUUUUUACGUCUCCUCGAAAAAUGACUUUUGAUUCUAGCACAAACAAUAUAUACAUAGCAGACAGAGACAACGGAAUGAUUGUUCUUGAUAGAAAUGGAAAGAUAACUAGCCAUAUGUAUGAUUCCUUUCUGAAAAAUGCUGUUGGUAUAAGUCUUUCCUCUAGGAAUGCUAUUUUCGUGUCUGGUUAUGAAUCAAAUAACAUACAGCAAUACGAUGAGAAUUAUAGGUUUGUAGGAACAAUUUUGAACUUCACAGAUGAAAUUUGGUCUCCUUUAUGCAUACUUGUAGACGAAUCAAAGAAACAGUUAUUCGUAAGCUUGGAGAAUCAUAAUACAGUCUACGUUUAUGACAUUGAAUGUUAGGGAUAUAGCGGGUAUUCGGCCAAAAUAUGCUGUCUUGGUAUGUGCUCAUGUCGGCGGUCGGUCGGUCUGCCUAUCUGUCGGCCUGUCAAUCUUUGGUUUCCGAAGUGUAACUAGAGGAUGCUUUGGGCUAUAUUGAUAAAACUUAACAGGAUAAUUGCAUGUGAUCAAUGAAUGAAUCCUAUUGUUUAGGGAGUAAGUAGGCUAAAGGUCAAGGUCACAUUGACACUAAGACUGAAAAUGGUUUCCGAUCAAUAACUGGGGAACAGUUAGACAUAUAGUAUUCAAACGUCAUAUGAUGAUUCAUGUGGUCACUAGAUGAUUUCUAUUGUUUUGGAGUAAGUAGGUUAAAUGGACAAGGUCACAGUUACCGUGAGACUGAAAACAGUGUCCAAUUUAUAACUGGAGAAUUCAUUGGCCUAGCAUUAUAAUCCACAAAUCCAUAUGAUGAUUGCCUGAUGUCUGUAGAUGAUCCUCCUGUUUCUGGGCCAGUAAGUCAAAUGUCAAGGUCAAGGUCAAGGUCAAGGUGACAUUGAGGCUGCAAAUAAUUUUCGAUCAAUAACUAGAGGACGCUUGAGAAUAUGAUAGCAUCUAUGUCUAUUAACGGAACCUACUGAUAUAUGUCUACAUUCGUUUUAUUUUAUACAUAAGCUGUUUCUGUAUAUUUUAAUACUGCGUUAACCAAUAAUAUCACACAGGUUAUUAGACUGAAAAGAUGAUCAUAAAACGACUCUGAAAAUAUAUGAUAGUUGGUGUACAUGCAAAUGGAAAGUAAGAAAUACACAUAUUGUGUGCAGUGUUAUAACAAUUACUAAAGUCUUUAGUUGACAAUUAUUAUGAUAUGCAUCACUUUAAAGUCUGUAGAUUUAACUUAAAGGUACUCUAAAAGGACCAUGUGCUCUUCCCACAGUAAAAAUUCCCAUAAUCAGACGACAGGUUACGCGCAACACCCAGACCCUUAGCUCAAAGGUCAAGGUCACACUUGGAUGUCAGAGGUCAAUAUGUUUCUUUCACUGUCCGGUUCAUACCUCUGUCAUCCAUUAAGAGUUUUGUAUUUAAUUGCUAUUCAGGAAAAUAUUAAUACACAUUACAGAAACAUCAGACAGCCGGUUAAAAGGUUUUAGUCCUAAUAAAACAGAAAUGUUGUUAAUUAGUAAUUCUAUCAAAAACAAACUUUUCCCUUCAAGUUUGGCAAUGUUGAACACAACAGACCACCACACAUUUCUUGAAGUCACAAUCUCAUCUGAAGCAAAGUGGACAUGUCACAUUAAAAUAUCUACACAUCUUGUAUGAAGAAAGUUGAUGUCUGAAGAAAGCUAAAAUAUAUACAACAGUUUUACUCCUGUUUUAGAGUGUACUUCAGAGGUACGUGAAGGCUGCUUUCUCGAAACAGUAACUUAUUUUAAUCAAUUAAGUUAAAAAUGGCUAGAAAUGUUUGUAGUUUGCCAAUAUUUUGUAGUGAAAAAAGGACUUUAUUUUGAAUCAGGCUGUGAUUCUAUAAGACGAAAAAACAGGUUAAACUUUUUACUUUCUAUAAGAUGUGUCACGGUAAAGAACUUGAAUAUUAAAACGGGGAGAAAAUGUGCAAGCGGCCGGGAAGCUCUGUCGGUAGAGCAUCAGAACAUUAUUCCAAGGCCCCGGAUUCGAGUCUCGGUUUGGCGGCACAUUUUUCACCGUGUGACAUUUGGCGCCCAACGUGGUGCCGUGACUGUUUGUACUCUGAGAUCAUCACCUUGUUCUCUGUCCCAUUAUAAAUUGAAGGAGCGGGAGAGUUUGUCACGAUAUAGGACUUGAAUAUUAGAACGGGGAGAAAAUGUGUAGGCACCGGGUAGCUCAGUUGAUAGAGCAUCGGAACAUUUUCUCACCCUGCCACAGUUGCAUUACCCGCCUAUGUAAAAAUUUUCCCCUGGUUAAGUAAGAGAUUUGUCCCUAAAGAAAUAGUGAAAAUCAUAUAUUUUACCAAACAACAGAUUGACAUUAACUAAUAAAUCUUUAAUACCGUCUACAAUAAGGCUAUGGAAUAAUUUAAAAAUGGAGUGUAGACUCAAACCUUUUUCUUCUUUCAAAACUUACUGUUAAUAAUGGUGUACAUCCUUUUUACUUUGCUGGAGCAUGUGUAACUUAUGGCAUACACGUUUGAGAAUCAUCGAAGUAGUUUUUAUUACAAGUUGUAUAUCUUCAAAACAGUGCAUUUCUUUGAAGAGUUCAAACGCUUUUAAGAAAACACUGUAUACUUUAUUAUAUGUGUAUGAUGUUUUCUAGAAUGUCGACAUCAGAUGUUAAGAAACAUUUACUUUCUGUAAUUACUAACAACUGUUUUUGUUAGGAUCAUACACAUGUACACUUUUGAUGUAGAAACUACAUGUAUUUUCUGGCAGUUGCCAUUGCUUUGUUAAUUUUUUUGAAAGGGUUUUAGAAAUGUUGUUCAAACGUGUGCCCAAUCCCAUUGUAUAUAUUAAAUUCAAUAAAAUAUUGAUAAACUAAGA